AUGGUUGAAUUUGUCUCUAUCAAUAGCGCUCAGUUAGCAUACCGCUUAGUCGGACCUGAGAAUGGACCGUUGAUAAUCACUCUGCAUGGCGGCCGAGGGUUUGGAGACCAUAAAUCAGAUUUCAAAGCAUACUCGCCACUAUCCUCUUCGUACCGGGUACUUUCCUUCGACUUUCGAGGACAUGGUCAAAGUUCACGAACCGAGCCUUUUACCUUUCAUCAAAUAGUCGAAGACAUUGAGGGACUACGGAAGCAUUUCCUUGGAGUCGACAAGCCCUGUAUUGUGUGCGGUGGCAGUUUUGGUGGAUUCCUGGCUCAGCAGUAUGCAAUUACGUAUCCAUCUUGCGUCUCGCAUUUGAUUCUUCGCGGGACUGCUCCGUCGCAUCACCGUAUGUGCCAUGGAUUUAAUGUCUUGGAACUUCCAACGCGCCUUUCAAACUUCAAUUUGUGUGCUGACUGA